UAAUCGUCUUCUCCCCCCUCCCUCUCUUCCUCCCCUCCCUCCCUCUCCUCUCUCAGUGGGGGCGAUCGACGACAACCUGCUGCUGAUGCUGUUCUGGAUCCUCACCGGGCUCUCCGUGCUGUGCUUGUUCUUCCAGCGUUACGGCCUGCAGCCCCUCACCAUCGCUCUGAUCCUCAGGUCCAUCUACCACGUGGGCAUCGGAAACACCCUCAUACUGCUGGGCUCUCUCAACCUGAUCAAUAAGGUGGUGUUUGUGGUGAGUUUUGUGGGAAACAACGGGACGUUUAUUAUGGGAUACAAAGCCAUGGUGAUGGACGUGGAGUUCAUUUACCACCUGGCCUACGUCCUCACCUCCACCCUGGGGCUGUUCGUCCACGAGCUCUUCUACAGCAUCCUGCUGUUUGACCUGAUCUACCGGGAGGAGACUCUGUUCAACGUGAUAAAGAGCGUGACUCGUAACGGGCGCUCCAUCCUGCUGACGGCGCUGCUCGCCCUCAUCCUCGUCUACCUCUUCUCCAUCGUGGGCUUCCUCUGCCUGAAGGACGACUUCAUCAUGGAGGUCGACCCGCUGCUGCACCUCGCAG